GCUAUAGCUCUUUCUCUCCCACUGCUCAAUCCUUAUCUCGAAAGUAAUGGUACAUUUAGUCAUGGCGUCAACUUUGCAGUAGCUGGAAGUACAGCAUUGGACUAUUCUUUCUUCUCCACAAGGGGCAUUUAUAAUCCUGUGACUAAUAAUUCCCUAGGUGAUCAACUUAACUGGUUCAAAUCCCACCUCAGCACCAAUUGCCACUCACUAGCAGCACGUUCGAAAAUGUUUACUAGGGCUCUUGUCUUCUUGGGUGAGAUCGGAGGCAAUGACAUUAACUAUUCUCUUCAGGAAGGAAAAUCCAUUCAAGAGGUUUACUCUUACUUGCCAUAUAUGACAGAGGUCAUCAGUAAUGCUGUUAGAUCGAAGUCGAAGUUUGAACAACGAACAGUCGAAGUCGAGGCCGGAGGGGUUCACUCAGAGUCCAGAGCUCCAUCGAGGCAUCGCCGAUUUCUUGCGCAUUUCCUUCCCUCAAGUGAGACGCAGCACAAAACAGGUACCCCUCUCACUAUCGCUCUUUCUCUCAGUUUGGUAGAGACACUUGCUAGAAAAAAAUCACCUUAAUUAGAGGGAAUCUCAUUUAGGUUUUAAGAAUUGUUUUCUGGAAUUGGGGGGGCGGGGUUGUAUUUGAUUGUUGAGGUUUCUCUUUGAAUUUUCAUCCAUUUAGAUGAAAUCUACAAAUUGAUGUAUGUAAAUUUUUUGUGUUGAAUUGUGGGUUUCCGUGAUUUUGUAAGCACACUGAUAGUUACUGCAAUUAACAACACCUAAAUAAAAAAUUUAACGAAGAACAGGAAAAAACUGGGUUUGAUUUCUACUUUCUAGACUUAUUUGGAGAAUGUCAAUAAAUGUGAAAUAUUAUAUAUCUUAUACUUUUACUUUUUAAAUAAUUCAGUUGAUAACGAAAGUUUCAUGCCAUUAGUGUUUCCAAAAUGUCAACUUUGUAUACAAGAUGAAGAUUAGGAAUAUAGACACUAUAAGUUAUUAAUAUUUAAUGUAGAGGUUAUUCCACUUUAAUUACCCCUACUGUGUUUGAAUUCACUACAU